GAGGAAUUUAUUUUCACCUUAAAACCCUACAAAUGAAAUAAACCCCUCAUAAAACACACACGCACGACGCACACACUAAUGCGAAAAUCUCUCUGAAUAUCAUUUGCAGUCUGCAUUCAUCCUUCCACUUCCUGAAACCGUGCUCACUAUCUUCCUCCUCAAACGCGCAGAGCAACAAAGUUGGAGUUUUGGUUUCAAGCGCGCUGACAGAAAUGGCGAACCAAAACCGGAAUCAGAACCAGAACCAGAACCCCAACAGGAAUCAGAACCACGAUCGCAACCGAAAUCCAGCCGUGGAGGAGGAAUUCAACCUGAGGGAGACGCGGCCGAGCCUCGGCGGCGGGAGGGUCGUCGGAAACGAUCGCGUCAGCAAGGCCUUCGACCUGGUGGAGCAGAUGGACUAUUUGUACGUCAGAAUUGUCAAGUCGAAGGAGUUACCCGGCAGCCCCGAUCCUUACGUAGAACUCAAUCUCGGAGGGUUCAAGUCCGCCACCAGACAUUUGGAGAAAACGUCGAAUCCGGAGUGGAAUCAGGUAUUCUCGAUUUCGAAAGAUCAGAUUCAUGCCCCUCGCGUGGAGAUUUCGGUGAAGGACAAGAGUGGAAACGGCGAUGGUUUGAUUGGGAUGAUUGUGCUUGACGGCAUUGAUGUUCCUCGAAGGGUGCCGCCGGAUAGCCCGUUGGCGCCGGAAUGGUACAGGCUGGAGAAUCAGAGGGGAGAGAGGGUGGCCGGAGAGUUGAUGUUUGCUAUUUGGAUGGGGACGCAGGCUGAUGAGGCGUUCCCGGAAGCUUGGCAUUUGGAUGCCUCCACUGUUAAUGGCGAUGGCGUCACCGGAAUUAGAUCGAAGGUUUACUUAUCUCCUCGCCUUUGGUAUCUUAGGGUUAAUGUGAUUGAGGCUCAGGAAUUGCAGAUUGCUGAUAAGAAUCGGCAGCAGCCGGAGAUUCUUGUGAGCGCUUCACAUGGGAAUAUGGUUUUGAGGACUAAGAUUUCUCAGAGCAGGAGUGCGAAUCCGUUGUGGAAUGAGGAUCUGAUGUUCACUGUCUCGGAGCCAUUCGAGGAUCAGUUGGUUUUGUGCGUGGAGGAGAAGAUAGGGAACAAGAAGGAUGAAUUGGGGCAGUGUGUGAUCCCUUUACAUGGUGUGGAGAAGCGGAUGGAUUUCAAGCCUCCCGGAAGCAGGUGGUACAAUCUUGAGAAGCAUGGUGCUGCAGAGAAUGGGAAGAAGAAUUCGAGUAGGUUGAACAGCAGGCUUCAUUUGAGAAUCUGUUUUGAUGGUGGUUAUCAUGUUCUUGAUGAAUUGACUCAUUACAGUAGUGAUCUGAGGCCCACGGCUAGGCAGCUUUGGAAGCCUGCAGUUGGAGUGCUGGAGUUAGGGAUUUUGAAUGCUCAGAAUCUCGCGGCAAUGAAGUCGAGAGACGGGAGGGGAUUUACGGAUGCUUAUUGUGUGGCCAAGUACGGGCAGAAGUGGAUCAGGACGAGAACAAUCCUCAACAGCUUCAAUCCCAAGUGGAACGAGCAGUACACGUGGGAAGUGUUCGACCCGUGCACUGUCAUCACAGUCGGAGUCUUUGACAACAGCCAUUUGCAGGGAGUGAAUGGAGGUGCCAAGGAUUCAAGAAUCGGGAAGGUGAGGAUUCGUCUGUCUACUCUCGAGACAGGUCGUGUUUACACACAUUCGUAUCCCCUUAUAGUGCUCUCGCCUUCUGGUGUGAAGAAAAUGGGUGAAAUUCAGCUGGCUGUGAGGUUCUCUUGUCCAUCUUUGUUCAAUGUCUUGCAGCUGUACACUCAGCCGCUGCUGCCGAGCCUCCACUACCUCCACCCCCUCAGCUGCCAGCAGGUUGAGGUUCUGAGGCAUCAGGCUACUCAGAUUGUGUCAAUGAGGCUGAGCCGUGCUGAGCCGCCCUUGAGAAAGGAAGUGGUGGAGUAUAUGCUUGAUGUUGGGUCCAACUUGUGGAGCGUGAGACGAAGCAAAGCCAAUCAUCUCAGAAUUGCAGGGAUCCUCUCUGCCAUUGCCAAACUGUUGAAAUGGUUUGAUCAUAUUUGCAGUUGGAAGAAUCCUCUGAUGACAGUUCUAGUCCACAUUGUGUUCUUGGCAUUCGUAUGCUUCCCGUGGUUGAUCCUGAGCACUGUGUUUCUGUACCUUUUCUUGAUUGGGACAUGGAAUUAUCGUGGGAGGCCUCGCAACCCACCACACAUGGAUGUGAGGUUGUCUCAAGCUGAUACAGCACUGAACGACGAGUUGGAUGAGGAGUUCGACUCGUUCCCGACGUCUCUGAAGCAAAUCGAGAUUGUGAAAGGGAGAUAUGAUAGGCUGAGGGCUAUUGCUUCCCGUGUGCAGACGGUUCUUGGCGACAUGGCCACGCAAGGGGAGAGGUUCUACAAUCUGCUGAGCUGGAGGGAUCCGAGGGCGACGGCACUGUUUCUCAUCUUCUGUUUGGUUGCUGCUGUCGUGCUCUACGUGACUCCUCUCAGAGUUGUGGUGAUUGUCACGGGAUUUUACGCGAUGAGGCAUCCUAGGUGUCGCGACCGGCUUCCGUCGCAUCCCAUGAAUUUCUUGAGGAGGUUGCCUGCGAGAACGGAUGGUUUGUUGUGACCAAUUCUGCAUUGUCUCUUUGCAGUUUAAUUAUUAUGAGUUGUUUUGUUUUGAGAGUGUUUGUGGGAUUUAGGUUUUUGGGUAUAUAGGUGAGUGGCUCUUGCUUGCUUUCCUCUGAUUUAAUGUAAAUUGUUCUUCUCCGAUCCUUAAGUUAUCUGGUAAAUCUCUUGAUUCUUCUGGAUUUU